CCGCCCGCCGUUCCCACCCACUUGAACCGGAACCGUUUUUGCAAAAAAAAAAAAAAAAAAAGGCAGCCGCCUCGGGGGCUGCCGCUCGGGAGGGAAGCGGGCGGCUGCGGCGCUACUGCCGCCUCCUCCUUCUCUUUCUCGGCGUGGGGAGGAGGAGAGCCCCCGGAGGAGGAGGAGGGCGAGCGUGGUGCGCACCGGCCAUGGGGCUGCGGUUGCAGCAGCAGCAGCCGGCAUAGCCUGGCUUUGCAGCAGUGCACGCCAGGGCAGCACAGGAUGACUGAACCGCGCGGUGGGGCGCCUCGGCUUGCAUGAGCCUCGAGGGCGAGAGAGCGGUUGGGGAGCCGUCCUCUCGGCCCCCAGCGGGGCUUGUCGUUUCCCCCGCCGCCGCCGCCACCGUUCCGGAUGGCUCCUAGCUGCAGCUGGUGACUGCCGCCUGCCCUUCCUGCCUCCGCUUCCCUGCCUCCUUCCCCCCCUCUUCCCGCCCUCUCCUCCGCCGCCCGCCUGGCUACAGCCUCUUGGCUGGCCGGCCCCGGCUGCAGCGGCCAUGGGGAACACGACCUCCUGCUGCGUGUCGUCCAGCCCCAAGCUGCGGAGGAAUGCUCAUUCCCGCCUGGAGUCUUACCGGCCCGAGACGGAGCUGAGCCGGGACGACACGGGUUGCAACCUGCAGCACAUCAGCGACAGGGAGAACAUCGACGAUUUGAACAUGGAGUUCAACCCUUCAGAUCACCCACGGGCCAGCACAAUAUUCCUCAGCAAAUCUCAAACAGAUGUGCGGGAAAAACGCAAGAGUCUAUAUAUAAACCAUCAUCCUCCAGGUCAACUGAGAAGGAAAUACAGUUCCUGUUCCACUAUUUUCCUGGAUGACAGCACAGUCAGUCAGCCCAACCUCAAAUAUACAAUUAAAUGCGUAGCUCUUGCAAUAUAUUAUCACAUCAAAAACAGGGACACAGACGGAAGGAUGCUCCUAGAUAUUUUUGAUGAAAACCUCCACCCCCUUUCGAAAUCCGAAGUGCCGCCAGAUUACGACAAACACGACCCGGAGCAGAAGCAGAUAUACCGCUUUGUGCGGACGUUGUUCAGUGCUGCUCAACUGACUGCCGAAUGUGCCAUUGUCACCCUGGUAUAUCUUGAAAGGCUUUUAACAUAUGCGGAGAUAGAUAUUUGUCCAGCAAACUGGAAGAGAAUUGUACUGGGUGCGAUUCUACUGGCAUCGAAAGUUUGGGAUGACCAGGCUGUGUGGAAUGUGGACUACUGCCAGAUCCUGAAAGAUAUCACAGUUGAGGACAUGAAUGAGUUGGAGCGCCAGUUUCUGGAAUUGUUGCAGUUCAACAUCAACGUUCCCUCCAGUGUUUAUGCCAAGUAUUAUUUUGAUCUGCGGUCCCUGGCAGAAGCAAACAACCUCAGCUUUCCUUUGGAGCCCCUCAGCAGGGAAAGGGCAUAUAAACUUGAGGCCAUCUCUCGCUUGUGUGAAGACAAGUAUAAAGACUUCAGAAAAUCAGCAAAGAAGCGGUCGGUCAGUUCGGACAAUCUGACUCUAGUUAGAUGGUCUCCUGCUAUCAUCUCCUAACAGUGAAGUCUGGGAUUAUGCCUCCAAAAGUACUGUUUCUAUCAUCAACUUUGGGCAGGAGGGGAGGGGUUAUUGUUCAUUUUUGGGUUUUUUCCCCCCAUGUUUUUCCCCCCCCCUCUCUUAUUUUUAGAACUGCCUUUACAGUGCCUCCCUCUUUGGCGUAGCACACGAGAAUAAACUUGGGACAUGGAGAGAAUCAUCAGGAUAAAAGCAGGAGGGACUCCAUAAGAAGAUUGCAUUUGUUCCUUGCUAACAGAGAGUCCUUUUGUGAAGGGAAAAAACAAACACACUUGGAAGAGGAGAAGACGGGUGCGGUGUGGGAGCGAAGAAAGUGACAAGUGUGUGCCAUUUUUUUUUUAAAAAAUACCUUCUUCAGAAACAAUGGCAUGAAAAUAAAAUCCACAAGAUAAACUUGCAAGAAAGUUUUGAGGGUGGAGGGAGGAAUUGGAAGGGCUUCACGUUCUCUCUCUCUCUGGUAUCUCCUAUCAGUUGUUUUUUUAAAAAAACUCCUGAGUUUUGCAUUCCUUUUUGCUGUUUGCCUGGGUUUGGUUUUCCUCCUUCUGCCAAGGCAGCAAGUGUGAAGGCGGUAUCUACAAGUAGCACAAGCCUCUGAAUCUAACAGCGUUUUGGUUGAUUCCUUCCCUCUGCAAGGCACUUUUCUCUUUAUAAGCUGUUUCAUUAGCAUUUCUGCCCAUUGUCGUUAUGCAUAUUUUGUUUCUCGUAUGCCUUUUUUUUGGGGGGGGGGAGGGGGGGAGUAUUUUUUGAAAACAAGAUUUAACUUGAUUUAUAGUGCUGAACCAAAAGUAUACAACAGGAUCAGGUGAUCGUAAUUUUCAUAUUUUUUUUUUUGCUUUAAUUUAUAGCAGCCAGUGUCUGUGAUGCUCCCUUGCUAGCUGCAUCAUGAAGACUGACUGCAUUAGAGUAUAUGUGGCUGCAUGUGCCUUCCUACGUUCUUUUGGGAUAGUUUAUUUUUCCUUACUAUAAAGUGAUGAUUGUUAGAAGGAUUCAGGCAACAGUGGAACUUGGGCUGAGGAGGUGAAACUUGCACCGGAUGUGGCUUUUUUGCAAGUUUUUCAUAGCAUUCGGAAAUUUGGCGGACAAAGCGAGAGAAAGCAAGGCCUCCCUUUCGCGUGGCCCAAACAGUUGAUUUCCUUCACUUCCUGGUUCAAUGUUGCAAGCAAUAGCCUCAAGUUUUUUAUAUGUUUACUUUAAAUGGAAACAAAUGUUUGUAUAAAAUAGGGGGAAAAGUAAAAAAAAAAAAAGUUUUUUGUUCUAGUGAAAAGCGGUCCAUGAAAUAAGAAAAAUCUAUAUUAAUUUUACCAAGUGUUUGUCACAGGCUGGAUAAAUAAUAAUAAAAAAAGUUUUACAAAAUUGCAUUUUACAAUGUAGGUGCUUAUAGAAAUUUAAACAAAAUGCAAACUGUGAAGAAAAUUUGAUGAUUGAUGGAUUAUGUUAUACUUUUUUGUUGCUGUUACUUGUUUCCCACCGUUGCUUUCCUUAAUGGGAUGUACAAGAGGAAUCCCUCUUUUUACAGCAAAUCACGGGAUUCCUGUAGGAAUUCUUGUGCUCUGUACCAGGAUAUAGGGAUCAUUUUGCACACUUCAGAAAAACACAGGUUUAUUAUAUGAAAACAAAAUCAGAAGUACAUUUCAUGAGUUUGGAAUUCCAUGCAUUCUCUCGCUAGUGGAAGAAAUGAUCAAAACUCUCUCGGUUUGGACUUGGGAGUGUUUUUGUGGAGUUUUUUGCACUACUUGAGAGGACCAUAAAAGCACAUUCCAUUGGCAACAUCUCCUGCAUAAGACCCCCCCCCCCCAGCUGUGCUGUUAUACAUACCUCCUUUUGGGGGGGCUUGCUCAGGAGAAGUUCUUAGCAUUGUUCUCCUGAGCUAUUCUGUUAAUAUCAAUGAGAGCUCUUGAAGGACACGUGCCCAUCCCACAUUCCUUAACAUGUCCUCGUUGAGCCUUAAAACCUCAUUUUUAAGAAUAUUGUUUACUUGACUCAAGUUUUCAACAAAUCCUCCCCCCCUCCCCGCCAUAUUAAAGGCACAUCUGUGCAACUCUUCAUUCUAGGGAGCCAGGGGUGCUUUCUCUGCUGCUGAUCCUUUCAGUCAGAGGCCAGGAACCAAAGAAGAGAGAAGCUCGUGAACCGAAACUUUUGCUUUUGGUGUUCGCUGCGAAGUUCUCACUUGCCAAAGAAGCCGGCCGUUUUUAAUGCCGAACAGCUGGUUUUCUCUUCAGCACGGGAACUGCUGCAUUAAGUGCUUGGUUGUCGCUGGUCAUCACACACUCCUUUUUUCGGGAUCCGACUCAAGGAUGGCUUAGGCCUGCUGGUCUAUAGGGCUAACGGCAGCCACUGGAGAUGAUGUCACCUGUAGCAGCAGUUGCCAGGUUGUUUUGGCGAGAGAGAAGAAAGCACAUUUAUUUUCCUCUGGGAUGUUUUCCCAGGCUUCUGGAACACAGUCCCCAAUCAAGAGGUCUGUAAGGGGUCCUUUGUGAUAUGCCCCAGAUGUGUUCAGGACUAGAGCGUUCAAGGCUUUUUCUCAGAUGACCAUGCCCCUGAUAACGCUAAUUGCCUUAAAAGAGGUUAAGGCGCCAGUGAUGCUGGAGUACGAAUAUCCAAGCAGUUUUCUCCUGGCUCUCUUAUUUGUACUACACAACGUGAAGAGUUUGCCCUUACAUAUAUUCCCUGAUCUUUCAAAUAGUUUAGUUCUCAUUUCUUUUAUUUUAAAAAAAAUAGUUGUGCCAAUCUAUCAAGACUCUGAUUAUUAUCAUGUUGGGGUUUUGAUUCUCACCUCUCCCCUUCCUUCUUUUUCUUUUUUUCUUAAACAGAAUGUUAAAAGAAGAAAAAAGAGAGCCUUUACAAUGAUAGAAUAAAAAGGAUGGGGUGCUUUUUUAAAUAUAGGACGGAAUUAUAAUUCUCCCCCAAAUGAUUUUACAAUGCAUUGUUUUAUCAACAGUUUGAAGAAUGGUUGUUGGGUUUGCUUUCUAGCAAAAGCAUGGUUGUGCAGUUUGUGGGGGGGGAGGUGGACAGAGGAAGAAGUUUGCAUUAUGUAAAGUUCUCAAUGCAUCUACUAUAAUUUUUGUGAAGUUUAUUAAACAACUUUAAAGAUUGUAUAGUCUAUUUAUUGUAUGUAUGUACAUACAGUCUGAUACUUAAAAUUUCAAGUGGAUUCCGUAAAACCUGGCUCAGUCUUGUUUAGACUAUUGGAUAUCGUUUUAGCCUUGUACACUGGACUCUACCUCUGUAUAGGAGAAUUUUCCAUAUUCUUCAAUUAGUACUGAUUCUCUGUGAUUUAACUUGGUUAUGUUUCUUGCACUAAAAAUUAAAAAAAAAGAAAUCUGCUGUUAAAA